AUGGAGUUCGAUGACCUAGAGCCUGCCAUGGCCCCCGAGCCGGUAGCUGCUCCUGACCCUGUGUUUGAGCAUGACCCUAUUCAUGCUGGCGUACCCAUUGUUGACCCUGUGAUUGCUGAUCUACCCGUUGAUGAUCACCCUGUUGAUGCUCCACUAUUGGAGGGCGAUUAUGUUGUUGCUGCUGCUCAGGCUGAUGCCCCUCUCAUCGUUGAUGUACCCGCUGAGCCUGUCAUUGUCGCUCCUCUUCCUGAUCCUGUUCCUUUGGAGCCCGAUCAUGCCCUAUUUGCGACCCAUAUUGAUCCCCGUUAUGCGCACACCCAGAAUGGGUGGAUUGAUGCUGAUGAUGAGCUCCCACCUUUUCCCCCACAUACCACCGAUGCACGUCACUUGGAUUUCCCUUUUUCAUUCGCUCAGUUCACACUUCCAGCUCGACCUGGAGAGGGUUCCUCGGCUCAUCCCUUUGGACAUGUGCCGACAUCUGUCCCAGUUAUACCACAGUUCUCUUCGGCUAUUCCCCCUGUUCCACCAUUUUCUGUGCCACCUUUUACCCAGCGAGAGGCACUCACACGGCGUAUACAGGAGCUCGAGAGAGCUCAGCCACCGCCGUGCCAGUGUCGGGGUCAGACCCACCCUGCUACUUCGCAGCCCCCUCGACCGUUGUCACCGGACUCUGCUGCACGCCUUUUGGCACUGGAGCAGCAGAUGGCUUCCUGGAUCAAGGCGGGAUCAGUUGCGGCUGCGGCAGCUGCUGAUGUAGAGGUUGAGGAGGUGGCGGUUGUUGGUACCCAUAAGCUGGGUAUCCAACUCCCUAGGGAGCUCCAUAGGGCCAUUCGGGGUGGAGAGCAUUGUAGUCCCAUGCUGCCUGGUACGGGUCAACGCCAGCAUAGUUGUAGUUGGUGUGGGCCGGUUGCUCAAAGGGAUUAUACGCCGCUGAACCGGCGUAUGCAGGAAUUGGGUUACCAAAACCCAACGGUCGCGCGAUAG